UGGUGAUAGACUUGUAUAUGAAUUUAAAAUUUACAUUAAAAAUGUUCUCAUGAAUGUAUCUGUGAAUAACGUUUUAGACAAGAUGUCUGCAUUGGGACCUGGACAAAAUGAAGAUGCAGGAUCACCUCGGGAUUUGGAGAGUAUCUCCCUGAAUUUUCCACAGAAUCAUGGUGGUGAUUUAUGUGGGUCUGAAGUUAACAAACAAAAAAAUACAGCCAAUGGACAAGUAGAAGCAGAAGAAGACCUAGAAGUGACAUCGGAGGAUGAGCAAGAAAGGCACGAAGAAAGUAAAAAUAAUCAGCCACAGGUCAAUGAAAGAGAGAAGCACAAAAGCAAUAAAAUGGCAGUAUCAGAAAACCUAUAUGAUGGUGCUGCUGAUGACAGUGACGAUGAUGCAUUACUUCCAGAAAGAAAGAGUAGGAAAACUGAAAGUGGGCAGUUUCCUAGGAUGGAGAAAGAAGUGUGUGAUAGGCCUGCAAAGCAAACAUCUAAGGAGAAGAACAAGGUCAAAGAACAAAUACAUUCUAUGGGUAACCAUAAUGACAUAACUUGGUCAUCUGAAAUGGCCCCAGAGGAUUAUGACUUGCCUUCCUCUUAUUAUCAGCAUUUUAUGUUGCCUGUUGAACAGCUUGGAAUGGACUGUAAAGAUACAGAUUCUGCUAGCGUCUUGAGAAUGCAAGAUGUGGUUCUUUCAAGUGCUAGAGAAAUAGAACUUAAAAAUGUUCUGUGUGAAAGACUUACAGGAAAAAGUAAAAAGAUGGCAAACAUGGUUAGAGUACUACAAGAGGAAAAUGAAAACAUGUUGCUUGGCCAGCAACUGGAAGGUGCUGAAACCAAAGCUAACAAUAAGGACAAGGCAGUCAUUAAUGUGCAAGACCAAUUGUAUGAUAAAGUGAAAAAUCUUCAAGCUCAGAGUGGAAACCAAAGUCUUCCAGUAGAAGAAAGAUUAAAUGUCUUAAUCGAUGAAUUCAAUCAAGUAAAAGAAAGACUGUAUCAACAUUCAAAAUGGAAAGCAGAAGAGCGUGUGGCCAGCCUAUACCUUGCUGACUCUGUGACAUGA